GUCCUGGCGCUCUGAGGAGCCCGCUGUGCUGAGUGCUGCCGUGCCGCGAGGACCAGUCUCUGAAAUGAAAGCCAUGCCUUGGAAGUGGACUUGCCUGCUCUCCCAUCUCCUGAUGGUGGGGAUGGGCUCCUCCACUCUGCUCCCCCGGCAGCCACCCCCGCUGUCCCAGAAGCGGUCUUUUGUCACAUUCCGCGGGGAGCCAGCUGAGGGCUUCAACCACCUGGUGGUGGAUGAGAGGACAGGGCACAUUUACUUGGGGGCUGUCAACCGGAUCUACAAGCUCUCCAGUGACCUGAAGGUCUUGGUGACCCACCAGACAGGGCCAGAUGAGGACAACCCCAAGUGUUACCCACCCCGCAUCGUCCAGACAUGCAACGAGCCCCUGGCCACGACCAACAACGUCAACAAGAUGCUCCUGAUAGACUACAAGGAGAACAGGCUGAUUGCUUGUGGGAGCCUGUAUCAAGGCAUCUGCAAGCUCCUGAGGCUGGAGGACCUUUUCAAGCUGGGGGAGCCCUUUCACAAGAAGGAACACUACCUGUCGGGAGUCAACGAGAGUGGCUCGGUCUUUGGAGUGAUCGUCUCCUACAGCAACCUGGACGACAAGCUCUUCAUUGCCACCGCAGUGGAUGGGAAGCCAGAGUAUUUCCCUACCAUCUCCAGCCGGAAGCUGACCAAGAACUCGGAGGCAGAUGGCAUGUUCGCUUAUGUCUUCCAUGAUGAGUUUGUGGCCUCGAUGAUUAAGAUCCCUUCCGACACCUUCACCGUCAUCCCUGACUUUGAUAUCUACUAUGUCUAUGGCUUCAGCAGUGGCAACUUUGUCUACUUUUUGACCCUUCAGCCUGAGAUGGUGUCUCCCCCAGGCUCCACCACAAAGGAACAGGUUUAUACGUCCAAGCUUGUGAGGCUUUGCAAGGAGGACACUGCCUUCAACUCCUAUGUGGAGGUGCCCAUCGGCUGUGAGCGCGGUGGAGUGGAGUACCGCUUGCUGCAGGCUGCCUACCUGUCCAAAGCCGGGGCCAUGCUUGCCCGGACCCUCGGAGUCCAUUCAGAGGAUGAUCUCCUCUUCACUGUCUUCUCCAAGGGCCAGAAGCGGAAAAUGAAAUCCCUGGAUGAGUCGGCCCUGUGCAUCUUCAUCUUGAAGCAGAUCAACGACCGCAUUAAGGAGCGGUUGCAGUCCUGCUACCGGGGCGAGGGCACGCUGGACCUGGCCUGGCUCAAGGUGAAGGACAUUCCCUGCAGCAGCGCGCUCUUAACCAUUGAUGAUAACUUCUGUGGCCUGGAUAUGAAUGCCCCCCUGGGCGUGUCUGAGAUGGUGCGUGGCAUUCCUGUCUUCACGGAGGACAGGGACCGCAUGACUUCUGUCAUUGCAUACGUCUACAAGAAUCACUCUCUGGCUUUCGUGGGCACCAAAAGUGGCAAGCUGAAGAAGAAGCUUGGUGGCUUCAGGGGCCCUUGGCCCUUCAGCAGUGCUGGGGGCUCCUAUCCAUGCAGGACUAUUCUCUUGCCCACCUCUGCUCAGGCUUCUCAUUUCAGUGAGUUGGAGCUGGCCCCAUAG